UAAACGGAGGAGAAGCGGGCUCCGUUAGAAGCGCUGUUGUGGUAGGACACCCCAUCGUACGCAACAAAUGACAGUCGUGUUUUUGGUGUGUUUUCAGUUCUUUCCUUUUCCACUGUUCGCCAUCUUGGAUUCCUUUCAGUCAGUAGUGUCAAAAUGUCGCAGCCAAGGAGUACGGAGGAUCCUGAAGUCUAUUGGAAAAACAGAGCUGAGGAGCUUGAGCGCGAACUUGAGGAUUUUCGAGAACAGUCACAAGAUUUGGAGAAAGAACUUGAAGCAUCUUUGGAGCAAGCAGAGAAAAUUGCUCACGACUUUAGGGUUCGAUGUAACAAAUUACAGUUGGAAAAUGAAACUUUAAAGGACAAAUUGGAACAAGUUACUAAAGAAAGCACGACCCAAAUUAAUAAUCUACAAGAGGAAUUAUCACAAUGUCAAAGCCGUGAAGAAAAGUUAGUAAAAUACAUUAGAGAACUUGAACAGAAAAAUGAUGACCUGGAAAGAACGCAAAGGGCAAUGUAUGUGUCUCUAGGAGAAUUUGAGACUAAAAUGAAUCUAGCUAUUGAACGCAAUGCCUUGCUAGAAUCUGAAUUGGAUGAGAAGGAAUCAUUGCAAGCCAUGGUUCAAAGACUUAAAGAUGAAGCAAGAGAUAUGAAGCAGGAGAUAGUUAUCUCAAAGAGGCAAGACAAAAAUGAUAAUGAAAAAGUUUUGGAGAGAAGAAGAAGUUCACCUGUGGACUCAAACAAAUUGGUAACAGCUGAAAUGGAAACUCAAACAAUAACAUCACCAUCACCCAUCAAAACCAUUGGAACCAACAACAAUGCUCUUCCACCACCUACACGGAUAUCUGCCAUGAAUAUUGUUGGUGACCUAUUACGGAAAGUUGGGGCUUUGGAGUCAAAACUAGCAUCAUGUCGCCCUCCCUACAGAGAGAGCCCCUUAGCCAGUGAGAAUGGAAAUGAAGUCUUUCACGAAUACCCUCGGCAUAACUCCCUUUCUGGCCGGAGACUGAAUCGUGGGACAUCAACACCAACUAUCCAGAAUUAUAUACGAUCGUAAAUUGUACUUAACCCAAUUCAGGUUUGCACCAGUCUCACUUUUUUUUUCUCUUUGUGCUUUGCUGUGGGAUGCAGGAAGCUGACAUUGUAGAAAAGCCUAAAUCACAAUUUUAUUAACUGAGCAUUGCAAUAUGCGAUGAGAAUUGUUGUUUGUUGUAAUGUAUUUUUAUUUUGUAUUUUAUUGUAUAUAAGAAUUAUGUCAUUCUGUAAAUAAAAUGUUGCGUUUUGUAUUCUACACUUGGCACCAAGUCAAUGUUCCGUAGGAUCAAUCAACUGUUUAAUUUAUUUCAUUGUUUUCUUUUUUGAACAUUUUUGUGACAUUAUUUUGUUUUUCCUAUACCAAAAGUCUUAUUUAUGUAAGUUGGAAGGCUAGUGUGAGGCAGAUAGAUUUUAAAAUUAGGUUUAUUCCAACAAAGAACAUUACAGGUCUUUAGAAACAAUUGCUGUUAUGUUGGCACCUAGGACAUGUUACUUUUUAAUUUUUCAACCCUUGUUAUCACUAACAAAGUGGAUACUUAAUCUCCUUUGUGGUGUAUUUUAUGUUGUUGAUCCCACUAUUCCAAAUCAUAGAACUCAGGAGUGCAGGGACUCACUGUUUCUGACUACCUCAUUACUGUUAAACUUUGAUCAAUAUGCAAACUUAUUAUUUUGUUGUUAAAAAGAAUAAAAGAUUGAAUCUAAUAUGGUUCGCCUUUAAUUUCUUCUUGAAGUUGUAAGAAAGUUGGACCCUGAUCAGAUUUAUGUUAGGUGUAUAUUGUGUGAUACUGAUAGAAAACUAAGAUGUCUAAAAAUGUACUGCAAUUUUCUGUUUGGUGUUAUCCAAAAUUGAUCUUUUGUUUGAACUUAAAUUCUCGGAUCUAUGGAGGUGUAAGUUGCUCAUAGAAACCUAUAACUGUUUAUCGCUGCAGAAAUAAUGACAGUAUCUGUGACUGGCUAAGUUUGCUGUGUAAAUUUGAUGCAAGUGCAAUACGUGUUGUGGUAGCAAUAGCUACAGCUUUCAUGUGACAAGUGAUAAAUUAUUUUCAUUUCAAUUUCAUUGAAGAUAUUAAUAAACAAAUCUGAUAAGUCUUGCAAACAAUAAACUAUGUAAUUGCUUUUAUUCCUGACUUCCAAAUAGUGAGAAGAUCUUCCUCUUAAAUGCCUUGCGAAGAAAUGAAAACCCGUAGAAGUUGAGCAAAUAGUUGAGCUGCACUUAUCACAAGCCUGUGGCAGUUUGCAACAUUUUUAAUUAGAUCAUUUUAAUAAUGCAUUUUUAAAAAAACAUGAUGUUUAUUUUGGGUCAGAAUUUAACAAUGCAAGACAUUUUGAGGUACUUAAAGAAUUAACUCUUGAAGUAUUUUUUCUUCUUUGUAAAUUCUGUGGAACUGUUUUCAGCAGUUCUCCGCUACUGUAUGUUGUGCUAUGUUUUAAAUGUAAGCAACCAUUGACAAAUGUGUUAAAGUACAAACAGGCUUGGAUGUGUAAUGAGUGUUUCCGACAAUCUUUACAACUAAGUUUUCGUCUGUUGUUUUCAUGCGUAGUUUGUAGAACUUCAAAUCCAUUCAUGCAUGCAUUCCUUUGUAUAAAAUGGGUGACGCUUGAGAAAUUUUGCGUCUGAUUUGUCUUUAAAGAGAGGAAAGGAGAGAUGGGAAUGGCCAUGAACUAGUGCUCAUUACAUUUUCUAUUGCUGUUUAAUAUCAGACCCUUUGAGCUAAUGUUGGUGCUCUCAUCUUAAACCAGGUUGUAGACACUGUUAUUACAGAACCUUCUCACAUCUUGCAUCUUGUUUCCUUUAUUGUCCUGGUUUCAUGCUCUAAAUAAAUAAUAAACAACAACUUAAAA